AUGGAAUUCAAUUGCAUAGUCUUUCUAAUUUGUACUUUUAGAGAUGUGAUCUAUGCCGAUUUAUUGGGUUUUAGAUUGCAACCGAAGUUCCGAACACAUUUGGAAGGUUGUUUCACCGGAAUCUGCAAGAUGUUUAUCAGAAUCCGAAGCAGAGACGGAUUAGAGCGUCUGCAGGUCGAUAAUCCAAACAUAACGAUCGCACAGCUCAAAACCCUAAUCGAAUCGCAACUCAGAGUUCCAGUACACAACCAAACCCUAUCAACAAACCAAUCAUUACUCUUAGCCAAAACCCCGACUGAAAUGUCACGAUUCUCCGACAUGUCUAACACUCAAACCCUAAUCUCUACUCUCGGUAUCGCGCACGGUUCUAUCAUCUACCUCGCUUACGAAGGUGAACGCACUGUUGCCGGACCCAAAAUUCGUCCUGCCGGAUCUUUCGGUCGGAAGAUGACGAUGGAUGACCUAAUUGCGAAACAAAUGAGAAUCACGCGACAAGAGAACCCUCACUGCGAGUUAGUAUCGUUUGAUCGUGAUGCGGCGAAUGGGUUUCAGCAUUAUGUGAAUGAAACCCUAGCGUUUGCUGUGAAGCGUGGGGGUUUUAUGUAUGGAACGGUGUCAGAUGAGGGGAAAGUGGAGGUGGAUUUCAUAUACGAGCCACCGCAACAGGGGACGGAGGAUAAUCUGAUUUUGUUAAGGGAUCCCGAUGAGGAAAGAUUGGUGGAAGCGAUUGCGUUGGGAUUGGGGAUGAGAAAAGUAGGGUUUAUUUUCACUCAGACGAUUGGGCAAACAAAGAAAGAUUAUACUUUGUCGAAUAGAGAGAUUUUGCAGGCGGUGGAGUUGCAAGGGGAGACUGAUUUGAAGGAAUGGGUGACUGUGAUGGUGAAAUUGGAAGUGAAUGAUGAUGGUGGUGCUGAUGUUCACUUUGAGGCGUUUCAGAUGAGUGACCUGUGCGUUAAGUUAUUCAAAGAUGGGUGGUUUGAGACUGAGAUUGCUGCAGAUGCUGAACCAAAGUUGUCAAAGAUGAAGAAGGAUGUCGUGGUUGGGGGAAAAGAUACAAGGGAAGUGGAUAACGAUUUCUUCUUGGUGGUUGUGAAGAUCUUUGAUCACCAGGGUCCGUUGUCAUCAACAUUUCCAGUUGAGAAUCGAAACACAGCGAUUACGAUGAGAACCCUGAAGAAUCAUUUGGAUCAAACAAAGAAUUUCCCUUUUGUGAAGAGAAUUUCAGACUUCCAUGUGUUGCUUUUGUUAGCCAGGUAUCUGGACGUGAAUUCUGAUGUGCCAGCAUUAGCAGGCUGUGUCCAUGCACAGGCAACUGUUCCUGAAGGCUACCAGAUCCUAAUCGAUUCCAUGGCAGCAUCUGCUUGAAGCUUGAUAGAUCUUAUUAUGGAGUAUCUCUCUUUCAAGUUUCAACCAAAACCAAAACCAAUGGAAUGGGCUUUGGUUUUUGAAACAUCUCAUCUGUUCAUGAAUAUGUCAUCUGAUUGGGUCGGGUUAACCAUAAUCGUUUAUGCACAUUCUUUUCUAUGUUAAGUUCUGUUCUGUGUAUUUAUAGUCUGACUUUUACCCUUAAAUCCAAUCCAUCUCUCAAGCAAUACAUGUUUUCGUUUUAAUUUCGGU